AUGUCAGCUAAAAAUGCUGCCUGUGAAAAAGCGUGGCGCGACUUCAUCAUUGCAAAGAUGACGCCCAAGCCUCCCAGACUUCAAGCAAGAAAAGGUGAAAACGAAGAAGAAGCCAUGGAAACCAACGAGGAAGAUGUUGACGGGCCGGAGGAUGAUCUGCCUAUGCUAAAUCUGGCGUCUUUUGCCAUUUACAAAUUGUUUGCCGAGUGGCAGCGCGAAGGCUAUGUCGUUCCCGAGAUGCAUCCAUCGGUCAAUGCUGCUCCUCCAGCGAGAGGGGAAACGGCACCAUCUGUUCCCGCGAUGCCGAAGGAGCCUAAAAAACCGCUUGUGCGCACCGAGUUACCCUCCGGCUGGGAAACCAUGCACCCAGCUACCAUUCUUUGCAUUAUGCGCCCUGGGCUCAUUUACGUGGACCACGGAGCCUCUGGGGAUAAGCCCAAUGUAUUGCAACAUCUUGGAAUAAUUGUGGAUAACCAAGAGUUCACCGCUAACGGGAGAUCCAAGAAGAUAGCCCGUCGCAGUGUAGCCGUGAAAGUGUGCAACACUUUGUUCGGAACAAACUUCACGUAUAGUGACAUUUCAUCUUAA